AUGGCAGACCUGUAUCGACAGACGACAGAUGAUAUCACGAUCGAGUUUGAAGACAAGUACGAGGACCAGUUCGAGGCAUUUGUCAAGUACCAGGUGUCGACAUGCGACUUACUGACGGCAGAUCCAAGACUGGUAGGAGCAUGGGGCGAACAAAAGGUGCUCAAGUGCCACCAGCUGGCCACCGACCUGGAGAGUCGCCUUUCCGAACACAUUAGCAUGGAGCGAGUCGACUUUGAUGUUGAUUCCGAGCGGGAGCGGCCGCUGGACGCGAUUUCGACUGGAGUCCGAAAGAUUGACACGGUCAUGAAUGGAGGUUUUCCUACUGGCACCCUAUGCGAGGUUGCCGGCGAGUCGGCGGCCGGUAAGUCGCAUUUCCUUCUGCAAUUGUGCGUCAACGUGCAAUUGGCGCGAGGGGAAGGAGGUCUGGGCAAAAAGGCAGUGUUUAUAUCGACCGAAAGCGGACUGGAAACUCGCCGACUGGUGCAAAUGAUGGACCACGUGAUCAAGCUGGGUCACGACAACAUCUCGCUUCAUCACGUGUCGUUUAUAGCGUGCAAAGACCUCGAACAGCAGGACAGAGUCUUCCAAUACAAUCUCCCCAAUCUCCUGGAAGACAGCUCGUACGGUCUUGUGGUGAUUGACUCGUUGGCUGCUCACUACCGAUCCGAAGAACUCACGUCCAAGGGCGACUUCUCCUCUCGAGAUAAACGUCUCUUGCGCACCCUGCACCAUCUCAAGGGACUAGCCCGAAAACACAACGUCGCAGUGGUGUUUGCCAACCAGAUUUCUGCUCUACCAGGGAGAGAACUGACUAUUGGAGCUGAGUUUCUCCCUACUCUGCUGGAGAAACAAUUGCCGUAUUUCUCGGGCUGGAAAGCGCCCGUUGUCUCGCAUACUCAAGAUGGUAGAGAGAAACUUGUGCCGGACGCUACUCCUCAAGAUUUCAUGCUCUCGUCUUCCGAGUCAGAUAACCACCCCUCGGGCAGUCCCAUGCUCUCACAAUUGUCCUCUCAACACUCACUACCAUCUUUUUCUUCGCAGCAACCGCUAUUUCCCGUGGGAUCCAAAGUUCCUACUCUGGGCCAAGUUCUAGCCAAUUCUGUGGACAUCCGAGUGGUUCUCAAACACACGGACUCCCAUAGAACCUUUGAGGUGGUUUUCUCAAACCCAUACAAGUUUGACACCUCCGUAAUUCCCUACGAAAUCACCACAGGUGCUCUUGUGGACAAGGACGACAUGGAGCUUGUGGAACAUGAGCUCUUGUAA